AUGGAAUCACUCAGUGAUGAACCAAACUCAAUUGUACCAAUUAUCAUGACCAACAACAAUCAAGAUAGAGAAAAUACUUUUGAGUCAAUAAUAUUACCAUCGGAAAAGUAUUACAAAGACGAACAGAAGGAUGAUAUUCAAGUAGAGCCUUGCUGUGAACCAUUAAUGCAUGAUAUUGAACCUUCCACAUUCACCUUUGAAUCGCCGCGUGAAGCAGAACAAACCAUCUGUACUUGCAAAAAGUAUCGUUUUAAUGCCUCUGUGUACGGUUUUUCAAAAAGUCAAUAUUAUGACUACUCGGACGAUCUUCUUGGUUUAAAAGAAGAAGAUUUGAAUUUAGGAGAAGACUUUUACUUUUAUACUAAUUGCACCUUGGGUGUGUCAGAUGGUGUUGGAGGAUGGUCUUCUUAUGGGGUUGACUCUUCUCGAGUGAGUAGAGACAUUAUGAAUCACUGUAAAUAUUUUGCAAGUGAAAAGGAACAUUCUCCCAACUCAGAACCUUCGUCGCUAACGCCUCUAAACAUUUUAUCAAAAGCGUACGACAAAGAAGUUGAAAUAUACGAAAGUUUGAAUAUUGGCCAGCCUCUUGGAAGUACCACAGCUUGUGUGCUUCAUAUGGAUGAAAUGUCUGCUGCCCUAAGUUAUGCAAAUUUAGGAGAUAGCGGAUUUAUUGUGCUACGAAGAAGCAGCACUGAUAACCAACAACGGGUCAUAUUUACUGCAAAGGAUAAAUGCCGAACGAUUAAUGGAUUAGGGAAAGCUCCUUAUCAAUUGAGCUUUUUACCUCAAACUUUAAUUCAAACGAACAACUAUUUCAACGACAAACCAACAGACGCAAUGUUUGAGCCUAAUAUAAUAUCGCUUCAAGAGGAAGACAUUAUAAUCAUGGGAAGUGAUGGUCUUUUCGAGAACAUUAAGAUGGAUUACUUAGUUGAGCUUGUAAAUGACCUUUUCCCUCCAGGACAACCUCAAAAUAAUAUGAAAUUACUGUCAGAAGAACUUGCUAAUUUAGCCAGGCGACGUGACUGCAAACAAGAUGAUAUUGUUUGCCUGUGUGCAAACGUAGUGUAUGAAUAA